CUCGCUGAACGCACGUCGCUAUCUACUCUGUGACAGUACCCAGCAUUCACUUGUUUUGACAAAUUAUCUAUAUUGCUAUUGUUCUAAGCUGUGAUAAACUUUAGUGGUGUGUUGAGACUCAAUCAGUGAUACGAGGUAAUCGGGCCUACCGUUGGUUGAUUAUUUGGAAAAGAAUUCGUCGUAACGAUGAAGGAGGAGCGCAGCAGCCCGCAGCGCGUUCGUAUCGCCGUUAUUGGCAGCUCCCGAGUCGGCAAAUCCGCCCUCAUCGUUCGCUACCUAACCAGAAGAUACAUAGGAGAAUAUCAUUCUAAUACAGAUCUCCUGUACCGGCAGACAGUUCCAAUAAACGGCAACUCAAUAGAAUUAGAAGUAAUUGAUGUGUCUGGAUCGAGCUUAGAUAAAUUCCCAGCAGAACAGAUUCAAUGGGCGGACGCGUGCCUGCUGGUGUACUCGGUGACGGACCGCAGCAGCUUCGAGUAUGCGGUGGACAUCCUGAACACGCUGAAGGCGUCUUCACUCCAGGGCAGCCCGGCGCACGGCGCCUCGCCUGCCGCCAUGCCCGUCGCGCUUCUCGCUAACAAGACCGACCUCGACCACUUGAGACAGGUCCCGUUCAAAGAAGGUCAGGCGAUCAGCGCGGCGCACGGGGCGUCAUUCAGCGAGGCAAGCGUGGCGGACAACUCCGGGGACCUGUACCGGUGCGUGGACCGCCUGCUCGCCGAGGUCCGCACGCCGCAGAGGACGAGGAAGUUCUCCGUCACCAAAAUGCUCGGAUCUUUAAUAGGCGGCUCGACGAACAACAACCAGCUGCCCCGCGGCUCGGUGGUGGCGUGUCCCCGCGUGCCGGCGCCCUCGCGCCCCCCGCUCGCGGCGGCCGCGCCCUGACCGGCACCGCGCUGACGGCUUCCCGCCGCCUCCUGCCUCACCUGCCUGCCAGUGCGCCUGGCCUGCCUCACGCCGCUGCCCGCCACCGUCUAGUACCGCGGAACGGAGGAAUGAUCAAAGUUCCAUUUCAGAAUUCAAAUUCUCAGAAUUGGUUUAAAAUAUUAAGGUCAUUUCUAAACGUAUUUUAAAGUUACUGUUGUUGAUUGGGUGCAAAUAAAUAAAAUCAGUGAAUAUUCUCUAAAGCAAA